AUAUAAUUACAAAUUGAAACCAAAUAACAAUUACCACCGCUGCACACAAUUAAUUAUUGCUAUUAUUUUUCCUAUGUUUUUUUGUUUUGGUUUUCGAAUGUGGCACUAAACUGCGCACUAAAAAGUACAUAAAACAAACCCUCGAACGUUAUUGAACUUGCGCGGGCUGCCUUCAAACAAUUCGAAUAAUCUCGAUAGCUCAUUUGGCAUUUUGGAGCGCGUCGGCAGUGGCAUUCAGAAUCGCACAAUGGAGCUGAAAAAUGUGGAUCAGGACGGACCUCCGGCCACGGUCAAUGGCGACACAAUCGCUGAAAAAGAUGAAAAACAUGAAAAGAGUGUAAAUGCUGAGAAGGCUGAAAACGCUGAGAAGGUGGAGAACGUGGAGGCCCAGGAAGCUGAAAAUGAGCGCAGUAAUUGGUCGAAUGGUCUGGAGUUUCUCAUGUCAUGCAUUGCCGUAUCUGUGGGAUUGGGAAACAUUUGGAGAUUUCCAUUCACGGCCUACGAAAAUGGCGGCGGCGCUUUCCUAAUACCCUACAUCAUAGUGCUCUUUGUGAUUGGCAAGCCCAUGUAUUAUCUGGAAAUGGUUAUUGGACAAUUCACGAGCAAAGGCAUGGUUAAGAUCUGGUCCAUAUGCCCAUCCUUCUUGGGCGUCGGAUAUGGUCAGGCAUUCGCCACUAUAUGCAUCGUCACGUACUAUUCGUCCUUGCUGGCGCUAACCUUGUACUACUUCUUCGUGUCCUUCCAAUCGGAACUGCCCUGGUCCUAUUGCAGAGAUAUAUGGUCGAAUUGUGUGGACUCACGACCCCAGGAAGUGGCCGCCAAUCUGUUGACGCUACGCAAUGCUACGCAGCAGCAGAGCAGCUCGGAGUUAUAUUUUCUCGAGAUUGUUAUUAAGGAGAAACUGGAUAUAUCCGACGGCAUUGGCGCACCCGACUGGAAGCUAACCCUCGCUAUUUUCAUCUCUUGGGUGGUCAUCUUUCUGGUGAUAAUGCGCGGCGUGAAGAGCUCGGGCAAGGCAUCGUACUUCUUGGCCCUCUUCCCAUACGUCAUCCUCUUCACUCUGCUGGGCCGUGCUGUUACCUUGGAGGGUGCCAGCGAUGGCAUUAUUUUCUUCCUGAAACCACAAUGGGGCGAGCUGCUCAGCCCCAAGGUUUGGAAGGAGGCUGUGGUGCAGUGUUUCUUCUCGUUGGCUGUCGGCACCGGACCCAUCAUCAUGUUCUCCUCCUACAAUCAGUUCAAUCACAAGAUUUACAGAGAUGCCAUGAUUGUGACAACGUUGGACACGCUGACAAGUCUAUUGGGUGGUGUGACGAUUUUCGCGAUUCUCGGCAAUUUGGCGUAUAAUCUGAAAAUAGAUAACAUUCAGGAUGUGGUGCGUAGUGGCACUGGAUUGGCAUUCAUAUCGUAUCCCGAUGCUAUAGCCAAGUUCGAGGCGGUGCCGCAGCUCUUUGCUGUGCUCUUCUUCUUCAUGCUGUUCGUGCUGGGAAUCGGUUCGAUUGUGGCGCUUCAGAGUGCCUUGGUGACCAUAGUUUGUGAUCAGUUCAAGAACUGGAAGUUCUGGAAGGUAGCCCUGGCCUCGACCAUCAUGGGCUUUCUCUGCAGCUUGGUCUAUGUGACACCAGGGGGACAAUGGAUUUUGAAUCUGGUUGACUAUUAUGGCGGCACUUAUGUGGUAUUCCUAUUGGCCAUUUUCGAAGUUGUUGGCAUUUGCUGGAUAUAUGGCGUAGACAAUAUUUGCGACGACAUUCGAUUCAUGAGCAACAGAUCGGUUUCCCUAUACUGGCGUAUCUGUUGGGGCUUCCUCACCCCCGUGCUCAUGAUUGUGAUCUUCAUUUACUCAAUGGCCACCACUGAACCCCUCAAGUACAGCGACUUGUUCUAUCCCCCGGCAGGAGACGUUGCGGGCUGGCUGCUCUUUGCCAUUGGAGCUGCACAAUUUCCACUCUGGGGCAUCUGGUAUAUGAGCCACCAUAAGCAGGGAGGUUGGUGGACGACCUUUACGGAAUCGCUGAAGCCGUCCGAGAAGUGGGGGCCGGCUAAGGCCGAGACCAAGCGGGAGUGGCUGAUAUUCAAGGCGGAUAUGGCGGCCAAGCGGGCCUCCGCUGCGAGCUCAAGCAAGAUGGGUGCCUUUUGGCAGAAACUAACUAUAUCGUGUAGAAACUAGAGACUCUGCUGUUGUGACUAAGACUCUGUAUGUUUUAAAUACUUACUAUACCGCACUCCUAGUUGUAAGUGUUCUAAGUUCUAAGAAGCACAACACACACACAAUAGCCCCGCUCUACUCUACUUCAGAGAGACUGUAAUACCCAUAUACGAGUAUAUACUUCUAGUAUACUUGUAGUAUUUACCAUCAGUCUGCUCGUAAUUAAGAUCGGGCCAAAUAUUUAUACAGAGCCGGCCCAGAUGUGCUGGAACCAUCAGUGUGUGUCUAUUGUCGGAGCUGUGCUUUGAAGUGAGCGCCGGGAAUUUUUCAGGGUCGAGCCAGCUCCCUCCCUAUAAGUCAACUUAUAUACGAAUGUGUGUGUG